AUGACUGAAAAGAUCACACAAGGAAAAAAUCGGAGACCCAGACUACUUGAGCAGCCUGCCGCCGUCAGAGACAACAGCAACUCACCCCGACCUCUCGUGACGAUUAUGAGCUCUCGUAGCACACCAGGCUCGAACCCGCCUUGCACAGAGGAGACCGACACACCGAUCGAGGAAGGCCAAGCGUGGGUGAACAAUGAUGAACCAAACACUGCCGAUUCCUGGAAAACCGCCACUGAGGAGAGUCCUUCUGCCACGUGUAAAACAGUCAAAGACAAUAUCUGGCCACCCUUCCUUGAAUUGGCCCAACCCGAACAAGUCAACACGAACCUCCUCUUUGAGCAACACUUCGUUGGUCAAUUUGUCCAGUCUGUCACUACAGCGCGCUUCCUUACGUACCCAGAUUGCCCGCAAUCGUGGUUCUUGGAGCUGCCCAACUUCCUGUCGAUGGACGUCAUGCCGUCAUUGAAGUAUGCCAUCAGGGCUGCCGCUCUAGUCUAUUUUGCAGUCGCACACCGCCACAAACAGGCCGAAAUUGACGCCAUGCGCUGGUAUUCGGCCGGUCUAGAAUGCCACCGUGCUACACUUCAACAAUCUCGCACUCGAGCAUCGGCCGAAAAGGGAUCGGAUGACAAAUUCUCGAACUUGCUCCCAUCUUACUUGGCCAUUUGUGUGCCACUGCUGUUUCAAUACUUUGAGACGAUGAAGGAAAUUACAGCGGAUAUACGAUCCGCGCAUUAUACGGCGGCCACCGAGAUAAUCCGAAGCAGAGGUCCCUUUGACUGUCGUGCUGGGAUCGGACAUCGAAUAUUUCGGUCAAUGCGGCAUUAUGAAGCCUUUCACUCUAUCUGGCAGAAUCGACCCUCGUGGUUCGACUCAUCAGACUGGAGUACUAUUCCCUUCACUGACCAUCCUAAGAUAUUUCCGGACUUGCUCAUUGAUAUCCUUCUCUCAUUCUCUCGCGAACUGCAUCUUCCCUCUCAGAAACCUGGCGAAACAAUACGGGAUUGCAUUCGAAACCUAUCCGUUCUGAGUGUAGACGCUAAGCUCCAAAUCGAAAAGGAUGUCUUAGUGCUCAUGUCCAGGCUACAAAACUGGCAGUGGCAUUUUUCACAAGCUAAUGGCGUCUGGCUACAAUUCCCUGACAGCCCUAUUCCAACCACUACAGUGCCGUCCGAAAAUGGGUGUCCACGAGAAAUUGACACAAAUAUUACCUCGACCCAGGAUCUAUACCGCGACACUUUCACUUCAUAUUGCAUCGCUGUGUAUGGUGCCGCCAUGAUCAUCCUUCAUUCCAUCCUCUUGGUCAUUGCCGUGUCAAAUCUCGCUCCUGUGGAUUUUGACUCAAUAUCUCCAAUUCCCCGUCACCGGUCAGUAAUCGCCUCUUAUUCAGCCUCAGUCCUACAGGUCGCAGUGUACCAAAGGCUGGUGAAACCCCACUGUGGUGACUCUGUACGCACGCUCUCUGCCGUUAAAGUCGUCGCAGCCCUAGCGGUGGAAGAUCAACAGCGGCACCGAGCUUGCGAACUCGCAUGCAGCUGGCGCUUUGGCACCACCGAACAAGAUUCGUUUUCUCUGUCGAACUUCACUUGA